AAUAUUGCGUUGAUAAGUUGUUCAAGUUUCGGUUUCAAUUUUCUGAAAAUAUGUUCUCUCUGUUUUUAGAAAAUGUGGUUUUAAAAAUAUGUACACAUUUCUCGGUAUUGUUAUAGUACAAUCACUUUUGAUAUUUGAAUAUCUAAUAAUUAAGUUUCAAUGAUGGAUUUAUCUGAACGUUUAUCGAAUCUUAUGUCUGAGAAAAUUAUGCCUUUCGUUAAAAGUGGCGAGUGUUCAGAUGAAGUUUCUUUGUGUUUUGAUGAUGGGAGGAAACUUUACGUUUCACGAAACUUCCUCUGUUAUGCUUCUCCUGUCUUUAAGACUAUGUUUCAAAUGAAAGAACCAGACGAAAUAGAAGUUAUCAUGUCAGGAGCAGUGUAUGGUGACUUUCUAGAGCUGCUUUCGUGUCUUCAUCCUGGUGUGCAGAAGCAAAUUGAUUGUACCAACGUUUUGCGUAUUGUGUCUCUUGCAAAGGAGUAUCAAAUACAAAGCUUCGAGAAAAGAUGCCAAAAAGCUAUGAUAAAAUGGUUGUCUUCAGAGGUUGAUUCUGCUUGUUCCAAAGAUGGUGAUAUAAAGAAAGUACAGAAUGCCAAAACAUGUCUCAAUGUAUUGAUCAAGGCAAUAGCUCUGGACUAUGAAGACGUUGUCACCCAUGCUAUAGAAGUUUUAGCAAGAUUUGGCUUUGACGUAUUUACUGGUGUUAUGACAACACCUGCAUUCAAAUUCGGAGAAUCUAAUUUUUUAAAGGCGCCGCCCGUCUCUUUGGCUUUCGGUAAAAAGGAUGAAAAACCAGAAAUCAAAUAUACAAAUGACAAAAGCUUCAAUAUCUUUACUCCGGCUCCAAAUAAUUCGGAGACAGAAGAUUCAAUGAACGCCUGCAAAGAAUUGUAUGAAAGUUUAUCAGAAGAGAUAAAAAUUAGACUACUUCUGCAACGACUAAAAUUAUGUGAUGACUGUUUCAUGCGCAAAGUGCUUAGAGAUGGUAAAAGUAUCGUAGUCAACCAGUCAAUAAAAUAAUAUACAAUUUAUCACCUGAAAUUAAUAUAUUUUAAUAUGACUUAAUCUUAUCUAUGCUUCCAAGCAUACAAUUUUUGUCCCGACUCCAUUGCAGUGUGCCCUGUACUAUCUUUUUUUAACAACAUAGUUCAUGUAGUAAGUAAUCAAAUUGGAAAUAUGAAUACAAUGACUUUUAUAACACAAAGAAGUAUCACCGUUUAAACGGUAGUGUUUCAGUGAUAACGUUUACAAACGACGAGUGCCCUAAGUUGAGUAGAUCUAUAAAUAUUUUUUUUUGUUUGAUUCUUAUUAAAAUAGUUAAAUGAUAUAAUGCUAAAGAUAUGAAUGUUUUAAGUCACUUUUCUCAAUGGCCUAGGGAUAAUUCUAGCGGGACCAGACCAACCAAAAAAUUAACAUUGUUUUCAAAUCUAUCAACAACAACUCUUUCACUAUUAUUUCGCAGGAAAAUAAACUUUGUGUCAAGAAAUGUAUGUUUAAUUUUCAUAAUGAUAUUUAAUUGCUUAUAAAAUGCCUGAAACAAUUUUGUUUUUAAAUUGCCUGGAACAACGUGAAUUUGAAAUUAUCGUAUAAUAGUUUGUAUUAAUUAAACAAACUAAUAAUAAUUCUAGUAACACUUACUUCAAGCUUUUUUGUUACUUAAUAUCAUAUAUCAUAAUAGUUCUAAAAUAAAGCAAACAUUAAA